AUCUUUGGGAGAAUGAUGAUGCUGGUUUUUCUACUGUGGAUCAUCUUGGCUCGAGGUUUUGCAGUUCCUUGCAGUCCAAAUAAAGCAGAUGUGAUUUUGGUAUAUUGUUAUCCUAAAACAAUUAUUACAAAAAUCCCAGAAUGUCCAUAUGGAUGGGAAGUUAAUCAGCUGGCACUUGGAGGGAUUUGCUAUAAUGGAAUUUAUGAUGCAGGAUACUAUCAAUUUACCAUCCCAGAUUUGUCACCCCAAAACAAAUCAUACUGUGGAACACAGUCAGAUUUUAAAAACCCUGUUUAUCAUUUCUAUAACUCUAUCAGUUCGAAUGAUAGCACUGUCAUUGUGAAAAGCCAACCUGUCAACUAUUCAUUUACUUGCACCUAUCAGGCGAACUAUCUGGUGAACCAUGCUGCCUUUGACCAAAGUUCUGUGUCAUUUUCUGCCUAUUUUAGGGUAGCAACUGUUCAUGUGAAGAAUGGCAGUGCCGGUUCCUUUGAAAGCCAGUUGUCUCUCAAUUUCUAUUCUAAUGCCAAGUUUUCAAGCAAGAAGGAAGCCCCUUUCAUUGUUGAUACAUCAGAAAUUGGCUCUGAUGUAUUUGCUGGAGUGGAAGCCAAAGGCUUAAGUCAUAGAUUUAAAGUAGUAUUGAGCAAUUGUUGGACAACCCCUUCUUCAGAAUAUUUCUACCAAAUCCAGUGGCCUCUGAUAACUAAGGGGUGUGCAACAGAUGACUCCACUUUAGUACAUGAAAAUGGCAAAAAUAAUCGAGCCACCUUCCAAUUUAAUGCAUUUCGGUUCCAGAAUAUUCCCAAACUUUCCAAAGUGUGGUUACAUUGUGAAACAUAUGUGUGUGAUAGUGAAAAGUUCUUUUGCCCUGUGGCUUGUGAAAAAAGGAGAGAACAUAUCGAGCAAACAGGUGGUGUUUUAAUUGCAGAAUUCAUUGUGAACAGCAAAGGGUUAUCCAGGAGUUGCACAUUUUCAGUUACAGUUUCCCAUUUAUUCCUGCUAUUUGGAAUUUGUGCAGUUUCAGCAUAAUAUCUGAUCCAACUUCAACUGUUAAUUA